AUGGCUGUUACAUCACCUUCUACUACUGCACCUUCACGAUCCCCGGGCAGCUCUGGGGAUGUGGCUUCCAGUGGUGGAGCUGAUUGGUUUGGAGAUUGGGGUGCUGAGUGGGGUCUCGAAUGGGAUUCCGAAGAAUGGGAUCGUAAGUGGGACCUGCAGUGGGAGCCUACUGUUGAGGACCUGAUGGCCUUGGGUUUAGAAACCGAUCCUGAGAAGUGGGAUGAGACUUGGGAUGAGAAGUGGGAGCUUGAGGAAUGGGAUCCUAGUUGGGAUUUUCAGGAGGAUGUUGUUGAUCCACGCCAGCUUCACUUUGACACAGUUGGUGCCGAGAGUGCGGGGGAGGUGCCUGAGAAGAAACCCACACCCAAGGAGGUGGAUAGUGAGGUUGAAAGUUAUCCAAUGGUCAGCGGGUUUGUUUGGGACCCCAUCAAUUUGAAGGAGAUUGAGCUUGGCACCAUUACCAGCCAUAGUGUUGGACAACAUGGUCAAUGGACAGCGUUUUUUCAGGGUCUUGAUGGGAAUGACUAUAGUGUCACUCGUUUGCCAUGUCAAAAACCUGACCAACCAGCCCCAGAAGUCGUGGUUAACAAACAGCCCCGAGAUGAGAAGAUCCAAUACACCCCGGUCAGCAAGAAUGCCUUUACCAAUUUCGCUGAGAAAGCUUGGCCGAAGAGUGCGGAGCCCGGGCCCGGUGGUUCAGGGUUGAACCAAUCUUCCCGUGAAUUUGUCCCAACAACAGAGGAGGUUGAAAUGGAGAGGGUGAAAUAUCAAGACCAACCUUGUGGGCUUUUAUGGGAAGGUGCAAGUAUGACCAAGAAGUUUGGCAACAAACCGGAUGCCAACACGGACCCACUUGGCCUUGAGACAAUCCAAGGGAUGACCCUGAAGGAACACAUCAUUCAUGUCCAGUGGUACUCGUCCGCUGCGGACUUCAAGGAAAAGGUUCCCCCAGGCAUUUCCCAACAGCUCUGGGAAGAACUUGUUGAAAUCUUUAAGAUUGUCCACGUCUACGGCAUCACUGAUUCAGAGAUUGUCUACAAGUUUUUGAGGACCAUUUGGGCCAAUUCGUAUUAUGGCUGA